UAAUGUGUAAAUAUGUAAAGAUAUUUAUCUACUUCCUCGUGUUUUGAUUUUUGGAAUCGACUCAGUUGAUUCACAUCACUCGGACUCGGAGUCGGAGUCGAACAGCACUAAGAGCCAUGUUGACACCGGAAGAAGUGUGAGAGCUGGGCGACCCCACGUGUGCUGCUCUCCGGUACUGAAGGUUAAACCGUAAGCGCAGCCGGUGGUCUUCGGUUAGACGGAGCUCACGGUGGGGGGAGAUACUGGAGACGACAAGCGGCAGACAUGGACCCCAUGAAAGCCCAGCAGCUGGCGGCGGAGCUGGAAGUGGAGAUGAUGGCAGACAUGUACAACCGCAUGACAAAUGCCUGUCACAGAAAAUGUGUUCCCCCUCACUACAAGGAAGCAGAACUGUCAAAAGGUGAGGCGGUGUGUCUGGACCGCUGUGUAGCCAAGUACCUGGACUUGCAUGAGAGACUGGGCCGCAAACUCACUGAGCUCUCAGUACAGGACGAGGAGACGAUGAGGAAAGCAGCAGCUGGGACUGGAUAAACCCCAAGUGCACUCCUAAACAGCAGCAAAGGGCUUGGGGUAGACUGGAGU